UACCAUUUGGUAUAUUAGAGUUUGGGUUUUGUUGGAGUUAAGACUCUGUCUGCCUUUUUGAAGAACAAAACGAAAUCCUCCGUCGCCCUUCUCCACUUCUUCAGGGCGGUGUUCCACCGGUGAGUUUUGGGCGAUGAUCGGCACUCGUAUCGGAGAUUCAUCACAAGAUACAGCUGAAUUAGUGGAUGUGAAUUUAGCAGCUGGGAGUGUGGGAGAUGGUGUUGGUAGUGAUGUUGGAUGUGAACAAAGGGCAGUUGCAGAACCACGUGUGGGUAUGGAGUUCGACUCUGAGGACGCUGCUAAGAAAUUUUAUGAUGAAUAUGCAAGGCAUUUAGGAUUCAAAAUGCGGAUUGAUCAGUGCCGUCGUUCGGAGGUUGAUAAGAAGAUUAUAUCCCGCCGACUUUCUUGUAAUAAAGAGGGUUAUUAUACAAAAGCCAAGAACCAAUUUGGGCAGAUACGGAAACAACAUACUAGUUCAAGACAAGGUUGCAACGCAAUGAUGCUGGUGCGGGUAAAUAAAUUCGGGAAGUGGGUUGUGACUAGAUUCGAAAAAGAGCAUACUCAUCCACUAGUACUGUCGGCUUGUCUUUCUAUCAAUGAAGGGGAUUGUAAAGAAAGGAGAAUUGAAGCACUCACCACAGAGUUGAAGCAUCAAGAUCAACUAAUUAACUUUUACCGCGAGCAUCUCAGCACAUUUUUGAAAGACCUUGAGCAGCAGACCGAAGUUCUGUCAACAAAAAUCCAAGUUGCUGUUAAUAAUGUGAGAGAGAUAGAAACGAAAGACCAGAAACAGUAGAAAUAUCAACGCUCCAAGCAUACAAAGUGAGUAUAAAUUCCAUUCUUACCUUAUGUUCGUAUUUCUCAUACAAUAUUACACUCAUGAAUCUUGCCAUUUAGCUUAUAGACUUGGGAUCAUAUGAG